AUGACGAGGUUUGGUCAUCUUCUGGUCGUGGCGGGCCUUGCGCUCAGCGGCGCGUCCGCCUGCCCUGAAUGCGGCAUGGGGAACACACCCGCCGACAAGAUUGAGGUGCAGAAUGAACAGAGCCUCUUCUGGGGUCCUUACAAGCCGAACCUCUACUUUGGUGUGCGACCACGCGUUCCGGAGGGUCUUUGGACCGGGCUACUCUGGGGCGGUGUGAACACGUUCGAAGAAGUGCCGCAAAAUUUCAGGUACACAUGCGAGCAAGGCGGUGAUAUCCAUGGAUACGGCUGGGACGAGUACGAUGCACGCACCGGCGGCGUUCAGUCUAUCCACGAUGACGGCAACAAGAUUGACAUGACGACCUCGUGGGUCAAGAUUCCCGGCGGUGACCAUGGCGGCAACUGGGCUGCGCGCAUCAAGGGCCAGCUCCAAGACGGCGCGCCCCUGACUACCAAAACGAACGUGUUCUAUUACUUUGCCCAGGAGGGCGACGCCUCAGAGAACGGAGCGACGAUCACUGUGGAGGGCACGGGCGGUGAGUUCGGGUUCGAGGGGGAUAUCAAGCUGAAGGGUACCUCUGACGAGCUUGGCGACUAUACAAUCGUGGUCACCAAGGGCGAGGGCAAACAUCCCACCAGUAAGCACAGUAUUUCAGAGUCACGCAGAGGCGACACCACGCUCGUGCGGAGUGUCGAGGCUGCAGCAGAGAUUCAGUGGCAGGCCAAGGCGGUGCUCUUUAUGCAGAUGCGCGAGGCGGUUGAACAGGUGCAACAAACGGUUGACCCUGAAGAUCCACCACCACCGUGGCAAGUCUAUCGCCUCCCCCACCGACCCGCUCCUGGCAACGUGCACAUUGUGCAGAAGACGUUUGAAGGCAGUUUUGAAUUCGAUGUGAUCUUCUCGUCCCUGUCAGCGGGGAAGGAGGUUACCCCGGAAGAUGUCACACGUGAGCUCCAGGAGACCAAGUCGUCAUUCACCAAGCGCUUCGGCGAGAUCUUCGACCUCAAAGCCCCAUUUACCGCGGAAGAGUACCAGACCUUUGGCAAAAGCAUGUUUUCUAAUCUGCUGGGCGGCGUCGGCUACUUCUACGGCAAGCAGGUCAUCGAUCGGUCCUAUGCGGAGGAGUACGAGGAAGAGGACGAGCGCUUCUGGGAGGCCGCUGCCGAAGCUAGAAGCAGGAAACAGCAGGCACUCGAGGGCCCUUACCAGCUCUACACCAGCGUCCCCUCGCGACCUUUCUUCCCUCGCGGCUUUCUCUGGGACGAAGGAUUUCACCUGAUUGCCAUUGCCGACUGGGACAUUGACCUGACACUGAACAUUGUCAAAAGCUGGUACAACACCAUGGACAACAAUGGCUGGAUCCCUCGAGAGCAGAUUCUGGGCGAGGAAGCGCGGAGCAAGGUGCCCGCCGAGUUCCAGGUGCAGUACCCUCACUACGCCAACCCACCCACUCUGUUCCUUAUCAUUGAGAGCUUCAUGGACCGUCUGCGCGCGGCGAAUGCGACGCACACGGCCUCCGGCUCGUCCGACGAUCCGCGCACAGCGCACCUGAACAAUCCCGAGGUGGGCGAGGAAUUUCUGCGCAAAAUGUACCCUCUGCUGCGCCGUCAGUACGAUUGGUUCCGCAAGACGCAGCGGGGCGAGAUCAAAAUGUACGAUCGUGAGGCGUACUCGUCCAAGGAAGCCUACCGCUGGCGCGGACGCACGGAGACGCACAUUCUGACGAGCGGCAUUGACGACUACCCGCGCCCGCAACCACCCCACCCCGGCGAGCUGCACGUGGAUUUGUUGGCGUGGGUUGGUCUGAUGAGCAAGUCCUUGAUCCGCAUCGCGGACGCGCUCGGCAACGAGGAGGAUGUGGCCGAACUGACACGUAACCUGAACGCGCUCGAGCACAACAUGAACGACCUCCACUGGUCAGAGAAGGAGGGAACCUACUGCGACGCUACGAUUGACGACUUUGAGGAGCACGCCCUGGUGUGCCACAAGGGCUACAUCUCGCUCAUGCCCUUUUUGGUUGGCCUGCUCAAGCCGGACGACCCCAAGCUGGGUCGGACAUUGGAUCUGAUCGCCGACGAGGACCAGCUCUGGAGCCCCCACGGCGUGCGGAGCUUGAGCAAGCAGGACGAGUACUACAAAACGGGGGAGAACUACUGGCGGAGUCCUGUGUGGAUGCCCAUCAACUAUCUGGUUGUCUCGCAGCUCAAGAACGUGGCGACCCAAGAGGGGCCCUUCCAGACCAAGGCGCGGACCAUGUUCAAUGCGCUGCGCAAGAACCUUGUCGACACAGUGUUCAAGAGCUGGAAGGAGACGGGGUUUGCGUGGGAGCAAUACAACCCUGAGACGGGCGCCGGUCAGCGGACGCAGCACUUUACCGGCUGGACGAGUCUUGUGGUCAAGAUCAUGGCCAUGGAGGAGCUGGUCGAGACCGUUGGUGGCGGUGGCGGACACGACGAACUCUGA